AAAUUUCAUAGUGAUUUUGCUCGGGUAAAAAUUAUAGAAACGACACAGGAAUUGUUCCAACACGGUGGUUCCAAUAAACCGGUGUAUUUUCUCACUGCUUAGUGAUCCAGACCAGCCCCUCGUGUUAUAGAUCAGUGGCGAUUCAACAUGGCGUCUUUGGCAGAAGAAUUAAAACUACUUUCGUUGCCUGCUCCAGGUAAAAUAAACCUUGAUAAUUUCGAGGACGACCUGACGAGGGCUCGUGUAAUAAGUAAAGGUGAUGUCUAUGAGAAUGACAGUGAAACUGAGGCGACGACAAGAAGUAAUUUACGAAAGAAAGCAGCCAUAUUGUUAGCUGAUGAAGAUCUGAGGUAUGCAGGAAAAACUAUAUCCAGGAAACAACAGUUGAAGUUGAGAGAAGAUUCUACUGACGACUUCCUAAAGGAACUGUCUGAUAAUGAUGACAGUACAUCAGAGUACAAAAACGGUCAGGAUUUGCAAGUUAUGCUUGAGGGAAAGUAUGAAUUUCAUGAAUCAUCGAGUGAUCAAAGUGAAAAUGAGGACUCUAUUGUUGUUGAAAAUGAGAGAGGGGAGAAUUAUGAAAAGCUGGAGGAAGAUGAAAGUGAAGAGGAUAAUAAUGAAGAAGAUGAAAGUGAAGUGGAAGAUCAGGAAGAAAUGUCAGAACAAGAUGCAGAACUGGACAAUGAAGAUGUGGAAGAUUAUGAAGUGAAAAAGCAGGAAAGUGGAAAAUAUGAAGGAGUAAAGAAAUUUUCUGAUUCAGAUAAAGAUGAAGUUGAAAAAGGACAAGCAGUUGUUCAUCAAAUUGGGUUGUGGGACAGCCUACUUGAGAAUCGUAUAAGAUUACAAAAGAUGUUGGUUGAGGUGAACAAGAUGCCACAAUAUAACAUGCUUAAUAGAAUGAAAGAAAAUGGAGGAAAUCAGAUCAAACGUGAAUUAAAUAACACUCAAGAACUAUUGACAAACCUGCUUCAUAACUUGUUAAUUCUUCAACAAACAUUGUUUGAAAAGAACUCAGAUACAGUUAGAAUACUUCUGGAGGAAAGCAAAGCAAAUGAUUCAGAUGAAGAUAUACCCAGUGAUGAUGAAGCUCAUAUGUCAGAAGAUAAGAAAGAAAAAAAGUUGAAUGAUUGUGAUGAGCCUACCUUGAAGCUAGCAAGGAAGAGAAAACAGUCCAUGCCAGUGGAUGAAUACUCUGGGUAUAUUGUUAAACGCCAUGCAGCAUUUGAACAUUUUAGAGAUGCAACAAUCAAGAAGUGGAAUGAGAAAACAAGACUUGCUUCUGGUAAAGUCAGUAACAAGUCUUUCAAUUCAUUUGACAGAUCAACACUGAACCAAAUCAAACAGAUUCUUAGUGACAGAGAUAGACUAAUAAAGAGAACACAAUUGAAACGCAGUUCAUAUCGAGUGUUGGGAAAAACGCAAGUUAAAGAAAAGGAUGAUCAGGAAGAACGUGAUAUUCAUUUAAAGGAUUUUGAUAGUGAAAUAUUUGAUGAUGAUGAUUUCUAUCAUCAGUUGCUCAGGGAAUUCAUUGAAAGAAAAUCAAAUGUUGAUUCCAAUGAUCCAAUAGCAAUGGGAAGGCAAUGGCUUGAGAUUCAAAGGUUAAGAAAUAAAGUGAAACGAAAGGUUGAUACAAAAGCCAGUAAAGGUAGAAGAUUGAGAUACGAUGUCCACACUAAACUAGUUAGUUUCAUGGCACCCCAAAACAGGGGAACAAUGACAGAUUCCUCCAGAAACGAACUGUUCAGCUCUUUAUUUGGCCAGCGACAACCACAAGAAAUUGGUGACAUUAAUCUAUUUAGCUGACAGACGCACACUUUGGAAAAUAUUUUAACUUAAGUAAAAGAAGUUGGAGAAGAAUAGACUUAUUUUCAAGAAAUUGUAUUUCUGUUGGAGACUAUUAAGUAUUCCCUAGUUGUACAUUAAACCUUAUUUUUUUUUU